UUUGGGACUUUCCACGCAAUUCUUUGGUCAUUAUUAGUUCGCCUGGAAGUUUCACGGAGAGAACAUCUCAAUAUUGUGCGUGAAUUUAUUGUUCUGAAAGAUUUUGAUUUUUUUUGGCAAAAAUGGAGUCUGAGACACCUCUAGUGACGACUCCUUCAAGCAGGGACUCCAACAAGAAGGCACUGAAGGCUGCUGGUCUGACCCUGCUUGCCUGCAUGCUGUUGGCUGGCCAGUGCAUCACGGCCUACCUGGUCGUGGGCCAGAAGAGCGAACUCCAGGACCUCAACAUGCGCAUGCACAGGCUGAAGGAGCUCAGCAGCCGCUCAGUCGGCUCUGGCGUUCCCAUGAAGAUGCGCCUUCCCAUGGCCUCUAUGCCUCUGAUGAAACUGCGUGAAGACCCUGCUGAUAAGAAGGAUGAUGCAACCCCAGCACCCAAGGAUGGAUCCAGCACCCUCACCCAGUGCCAGCAGGAGUACCUGGGACUGACCGACAGCAAGCUGCCCUCCUUCCGCCCCCAGUGUGACCUGGCUGGUGGCUACCUGCCUCAGCAGUGCUGGCAGGAGGUGUGUUGGUGUGUGGACGCCAGCGGAAAGGAGAUUCUCGGCACCGUGGGGAAACCAAACUGCGCCAAUGGCAGCAUGAGGAUUGCACCAGUUGCCACUGGCUUGCGGCUCCAGCCCCUGGUGGAGGAGACUAAGGAUAACUGAGGCUCGAGAGAGGAAAUGAAAGUGGUUGUCUAUUAAACUUCUAAAAGUUUUUUUUCUGAGCUGUUUUUUUUACAACAAAGAGAACAUAAGCUUCUGUUGCUGAUAUAUUUUAGGUGUUGUGUGUCCCAAUUAUCUAAAAGCUAAAAGCACUUUUACUGUGACACGAUUUUGUAAUGGCCUAGUGCUUAAUUGAGGAAGUCCAGUGAGUUAUUGGCACUUGGAGGCUUUUUUUUUGUCUGUUUAUCAUAUGGCUGCACUGAUUGUUGUGAGUGGGACUUAAGUAAAAGUAAAAUUUACCCUCUACCUGUGAAUUUUCUGCCAUUUAUUUUCUGCAUAUUUUAAAAUAUAAGUAAUUCAUAUGCAAUUGACUGUCUGGAAUAGAGAGACAACAUUGAACAAUUAAAACAACCACUAUAAAACA